AUGUGGCAAGUGGGAAGGCGACAGUGGAAGGUGCAGCAGAUAAAGGAGAGGGAAGCAGGUCUCCAGGGAGAGCCUAUCAAUAUCUUGCAGUCAUCAGAAAAGCUGAAGGAGUACCAGCGAGUGAUAUGUGAGGGAGAGCUGAAGCAUGAACGCAGCAUCCUAGUGGGCCCACGGCCACGAUCAGUCAUGGGGACCACCCAGUCUGGGUAUGUACUGGUCACCCCUUUGGUGAAUGACCAAUGGAGCAGAGGCGUGCUCAUCAAUAGAGGAUGGGUGCCAGCCAGCUGGAAGACUGACUCGCAGAUGCAAGCCAGCGGCCUGCCAAUGGGAAAGGUGCAAAUCAUUGGAGUCACACGGAACAGCGAGGACCGCAGCUCAUUUGUGCCAGACAACGAUCCUGCCAAGGGGGAGUGGUAUUGGCUGGACGUGCCUGCCUUGGCCAAAGCCGCAGGCCUUCCACCUGACACUGACUUAGUACAGGUCAUCAGCGAAGGUCAGGGCAGUGUAGCACGCACCAGUGCACCCACAUCCAUGGAGCUCAUGGCAAUGCGCACGCGCACAAGCACUCCCCAGGAGCAGUAUCCGCUGCCGCGCACUGUGAAGGACCUGAUGACGUUUUCAGUGAUGCCCUAUGAUCACCGGAACUAUGCUCUGACAUGGUUCUCCCUGGCAGGAGCCACCGCCCUGCUGGCCUUGAGAGCAGGGCGGCUCAAGAAGUGA